AUGCCUUUAGUCUAUCUUUUAGAGAGGAAUCUUCAGUCCCCUCAUGGAGCAGAUACAUUACAACUUGUUUUAUUUCAAGUGGAGGACACCAGUAAAGUGCACCACAGAGAAAAUGCUUCAAAUAAUGUUGGAGGGAUAUUGUCUGCAGGCAUAUCUGGAAAUACAUUUUACCCUUCUCUUCACUCUCCAUCUUUCACCAUGAUGCCUUAUUUCUUCAUCCUCGCUGUUGUCUUCGAAGGGGUCUACUUUGAAAGUGGGGAAGAUCGUUUGUCGUGUCGUGUCUUUUGUGGAAUGCAGCUUUACCCAUAUCUGAAUCCUAUGAUGAAUAUUGGCACAUAUCCAAUAGCCAUUGGUCAGUUUAGUCCAGAAUCAAUGCCAGGAUCUUGUGAUGGUGAUAAAAACUAUUUUCAAGAAGAAUGGGAACAAUAUGUUGUACUCGCAUUCAGUGGCUCGGAGUUUUGCAAGACUCUCCAAAGUUCUGGUGAAGUUAUUUCAGUGUUGGAAGAAUCUUUGGAAGAUGAACAAGAUGUGCUCGCUCAGCUACAUUUUCUUUCCACGAAACUCAAUAUUGAUGCAUAUGCAUUUUGCAAGCAUUGCUUAGGCAAACAUAACUCAAGGGCCUUCAUCCUUAUGGGCGUGUUUUCUUUUGGUCCAUUUUUCGGUCCAUAUGUACCCCGGUUUAGUAAAAAUGAUGGAGCAAGAAUGGUUUCAAGUAUGAGCACCAAUGUUGGGCACGACAUGGAUUGUCUCGUUGAUGUUAAGGUUCAGCAGUAUCCUCCUUUAACUGGACGAUGGCUGAAAAAUCCUUCAGUUGAAAUGAUCGUUUCUAGCCAAAGGCCUGAAAAUGACCCUCUUCAUUUUAAUGCUAUAGCUCAUCAGACAAACAUUAUUCCCUACUUAAAGCGUCAAGAUGAUGUGAGCUUCAGAAAACUCUUUGAAAGAGUUUUUAGGAUACUGAUUUCAUGUGCCCUUGUAGGAAUCGUCUUUAGCCAGCUAAGUUACAUGAACAGAAACGUGGCUUCCAUUCCUCACAUAUCUCUUGUCAUGGUUGCUCAACAAAUUCUUGGUUUUUUAGCUGAGUUGUUCAGGGAUAGAGAUCCUUUUGAAAUCAAAGGAAUCUGCAGCCAACAGGGAUUUAUCUCACACUAA